AUGCAUCGGCUCCUCACCUUUUUCUGCCUCCUGACAGUCACAGCGUCACAGGACAGUGGCAAGGUCGUAGGUGGGGAGGAGUGUCGCCCCCACUCCCAGCCAUGGCAGGCAGCGCUCUUCGAAGGGAGUCGCUUCAACUGCGGGGCUUCCCUCAUCUCCAGCCAGUGGCUGCUUACCGCUGCCCACUGCAUCACCGGCAAUAUGCGGGUCCGGCUCGGAGAGCACAACCUCCGCGUGUGGGAAGGCGUGGAGCAGCUGAGGGGCGUGGCCUAUGCUUUCCCCCACCCUCGCUACAAGAAUCGUGGCCACCACGAUGACAUCAUGCUCCUCCGCUUGACCCGACCGGCCAGUCUGUCGAGCAGCGUCCGGCCGGUGGCCCUGCCCACCCGCUGCCCCCGUCAUGGGGAACAGUGCGUGGUCUCCGGCUGGGGCCUGGUGGCCGAAACCAAGGACGGGGGCCGGAGAGACCAGGGAGACCGAGCUGCUGUGCCCACAGUGAAGCUCCCAGACACUCUGCACUGCGCUAACAUCAGCAUCAUAUCAACUGCUUCCUGUGACAAAGACUAUCGUGGGCAGGUGACAGAUACCAUGGUGUGCGCUGGUGUUGCGGGAGGAGGCACCGACUCAUGCGAGGGUGACUCAGGAGGCCCUCUGGUCUGUGGGGGAAUGCUGCAGGGUAUUGUCUCAUGGGGUGAUGUCCCUUGUGAUACCACUGCCAAGCCAGGGGUCUACACCAAAGUAUGCAAAUACUUGGGUUGGAUUCGGGACGUAAUGAAGAAGUAUUGA